UGAAAAUUACAAAGCGUACGUCGAAGCGGAUGCUACGCAAAAGGGACGCCAAAUUCCGUCUUACUCGUACUUCCUGAUACAUGGCCUAGCCGACGUUACGACACCAUACCAGCACGGUAUCCAGCUAGCACGAUCGCUCUCCGAGUCUGGCACGAUAUUCCGAUAUUUGAGUUACGCGGACGAAGGUCACGAUCUCACCGGUGUGAUCGAGCACGUAUACCGAUCGAUGGAAGAUUUCCUGAGGAAUUGCCUAACUUUAGACUCCGACGAGGAUAAACCAACAGAAACGCAUGUACCGAAUGAGUAGACGUCUUCGUUAGACGCGUGUAAAUGAAUGUUGUGCGAUUGCGUUAGUGAGUAUAUUCUUUGUUAGGUAACAUCGUUGUAUUCUGUUGGUUCGAUUUGUUUUGCUACCGAAAUUUCGCAACCAAUUCGAUUGCUGUAUCACCGCAAUGGUGGGGUGUACAAUAACUGAUAAGUUCUAAAUAAAAUAGACAUAUCAGACAAAUAUGGUAAAAAAAUGCUAAAUUAAAAACGAUAAUAAAGCCUGCCGAAAACCAGCGAGCGUAAAAGAGAAUACGAUGAAGUUGUUUAUGGGUAUGAAAAAUCGAAGCCCGAGUACCGGUUUGUUAAAGUAACACUAUUUUUAGUCACGUAAUAGCGAAAUAACUGAUCGAAGCUCCUAGCAUACAUACGAAAACCCAAAGUGUGUUAGCGAAGAAACUUGCUUAUGCCGAUGGAAAUUACGUGCGUGAAACGCUGCGGACAUGAAAGUAGUGCACAUAACGCAUACAAUUACAAAUUGGGAACGCAGGAAGUAUCGCAGACAAGAAAUAACACAAAAUCAAAAGAAUUGAUAAACGAAAACAGAAACAGUCCUACUUACAAUAACGAAACUGAUGAGUGAGUUUUUUCGUCUUCUUUAACGUCUAUUUAAGUGUAAUUGUAGCAAACAAAACAAUGAACGAAAACAAAAACAGCGAAUCAAAAACCGUACGGCACCACCAAACAAUUAUAACAACCAAACAAAAACUUCAACCAACAUAGCUAAAGCAAACAACGUCUAUACAAUGUAAACUAGGAUUUAGUUACUUAAUAUGCAGUCACGCAAACCAGCCUAGGGGCAGACAAUGCAGCUAUCGUUUAGUAAAUUGUAGCAAAAUACAAUACCGAAAACAACAUGCAAGAGAGCCAUAGUGAAUCUUCUUCCAAAAUGAUAUUGAAGCGAAUCGUGCACACAUGGUGUUUAUGUUAGUGAGCGGCAAAACUGCAAUUCUCAGAGACUCAGAUGGCUAGCGAGCGUAAACAAAAGUAAUACAAAGAGUGACCCACGACAAGUAAGAUUAAUUGUAGAAUGUAUGACGCUCUAGAAGUAGCAUGAAAGCCGAACAUGCGAAGUUAGCAUCAGGAGGUUGGAGAUUUUCAUAGUUAUUUCACGUCAUAGUCGUUAGAAUUACAGAAGAGCAAGAGCAAUCAAGGUGUAAGCAUAACACAUGAAUUAAAACAAGAGACAGAAAAUUUACGUAACAAGCAAUUAUGUCGCAACUUAGACGACGAAAAAACAAACAAACACAAACGUGAGUGGUCGAAAAUAAACAAAACCACUUGAGACAAAAAGUGUGUGUUGAAAUCUAGGGCGAGAAAUUUUCUCUAUUCUAACACUACGAGGAGUAGUCAAACAUACAGAACGAAAACAUUACAAAGUACUCAUCGAAGCGUCUCUGCUAGUGCGUUAAUUUUAAGGCAAAAGUUACUCCGAGACAAACCUUUGAAUGGCCCAUGGGAAUUCUAGUUUUAUUAGGAAACAUCAAUGGUUUACAACGGUUAAAUCAGAGGUACAGGUCUUUUGCGACACAGAUUCUUCCUUUAAGGCUUGUGAAGGAUGAAAACCCCCUCUUGUUUACGUGAAAAGUUCACUGCACAGAUUAAUCGAUCCAGCAUUCAUUCAGAAGUGUACUAACAGUUUCUGAAUUGUGACGUAUAAGCGACAUUCAUAGUAAUAUGCGGCACUAGAAUCGCUUGUUUAACUAUCCAUUACUUGAAGUUCCGCAAAUCGCCUAUUAAGAGCUAUCUGGUUAAAAGUAAGAACACUCAAGGAGUUGAGCAAGGCUAACAUUAUAUACCAUAUUCUUCAAUCAUCCUUUCCAUAUUUAUUACCCUCUAAUUUAUCUUAUUACAUCCUUAUUCCUUACAUUUCUCUUUCAUUUUUCGUGCAAAAAUACCGCUCGGAAGACCAUUGCGGUUUGGGAUGAAAGCAUCUCAUUUGUUGGUUUGUACCUUUGUUUGAUAACAAUAUUAACUUGUUUCAGCGUUUAUGUUAUGUGGUUGCCCAUUUCCAUUUCUUUCAUUCGCAUUAAUUGGACAGAGGAUCCGUUUCGUAUUUCAAUGUCGAUAGGCAAACUAGGAAACUGAUCAAAUUACAAACACAACUAAAAACUCUAACAAAUUAAACAGAUCUAACAAACUAAGCCAUUCACAUAACUGGGCAACAGCGGAGAUCGUGAAUGCAACGGAGUGAACUGCAACAAGGAACGAAGUGGUGAGAAACCGGAAUGGAAUAUAUUCCACAAAAGGAUUACGGAAAGCAACUUCUCAACAGAAAACUGUGAGAACAGCGAACAGUACGAGGAAAAAUAAUUGUUGUGCCAUUCUAUUGUAUAAUAUGAGUAAAACAAACUAGAAUAUAACACGUCAUUCAGACACACUUAAAUCGAUACACCGUGGAAGAAAAAAAAACGAAACACAACAACAACAAAAAACGAGAAAAAUGAAUAAGAUAAUCAUAAUUUAUGCUUCCCAGCAAGUUUUCAUUACAUAAUGGUUGUGAAAUUGAGAAUAGAAAAAGUGGACAAAAGAAUCAAACAAAUAAAACAAAAAAAACAAAAAGAAGGAAAACCACUGCAAAAAAAGCAAAACUAAUAUUUGUAAAUAAACGUUAAUAUAUUUAUAGUCCAAAGCCGAGGGAGAAAAUGAAGAAAACAGUGGGAAACAGAGCUGCGGUGAAAUGUGUUCGCUAAAUAAAUAGA